AUGGUCCAACAGUUGCUUCUAACGGCAUCUGUGUCAAAGGCACAGUUUGUGCCAUUUAAAAUUGCGCUUCAAACACUCACAGGAAUGAAUCCAGAACCAUUGGCCAGGCAUACGGUGAUACUACGGCCGAAGUUUCCCUAUUUGCCCGAGAAAACAACAACUAAGGCGGAUCCAGUUGAGACUUACCGGAUCCGGAUGAUUCGGGUGUGGGAUGUGGCUAAUUCAGGAAGUAUGGAGACGAAUAAUACAGCUGAUGAGAAUAGUGAAGAAGUUGGAAAGGCAGCAGAAAAGGUAGAAAAUACGGAAAGCAUGAAACAAAAUACCACUGAUGGUACAAGUACAGAAGCUGGGCAAAGUACCCACACACUAGUGGCUGACUCGGUCUUUGACCAGUCUCCAGAAACAUCAAAAAAUAACAGCAUAUGGACAAUUCAGCUAAGUGACAUCCCAGCAGCGGGAAAACGACCCGUCUCAAUUCAGAAUAUUUACGAAGCCACCAUCUACAAGACAGACGAUGUGCUGGGAUAUGUGGAUGAGCUCGGAUACAUGCCGGAAACAGAGUUCUGGACCCGCGGACUACGCUUUUACUACAAUGAUGUUGUCGUGAUUGAAGUUGUGCGUUUUUACAUCUCCACAAGGUCUACAGGAGCGCAAAACGGCCCGGUUCCCCUUCGGCCGGUCGACAAAUCGGCAAGCUACCACAUUCGGUGCUUUGUAGACGUUGCGAACUUGAAUGAUUUGGACAAUGUUGCUCGUGGAGUCAAGCAACUCGAACAUCUUCGAACACAAUUGGCAGGUUUGAUAGAUCUUCAUGUUCCGGACAGAAGAAACAUGGACUCGAGGCUCAAUUCCCAUAUAGCGUCUGUAGGGCCUCGCUGA